AUGGAGACGUUUGAUGGAAAAACCACCAGCUCGGCUUCAUCCACUACAACAGAGAGAAAGGGUUCGAAACCUCAUUCGACCCCCCUCACAUUGAAAUGGCUCCAGGAGAACUAUGAAAUAGCUGAGGGGGUCUGUAUCCCCCGGUCCACCCUCUACCAACACUACCUCAACUUCUGCCGGACCAACGACACAAACCCUGUCAACGCCGCGAGCUUCGGUAAGAUAAUCAGACAGCAGUUUCCUCAGAUAACGACUCGACGUCUGGGUACUAGAGGGCAGUCCAAGUAUCACUACUAUGGAAUUGGCGUGAGAGAAACGUCACAUUUCUUUGAUGAAGUUUUUUCUACACGGACUGAACACACUGUCACUGAGGGUACACGUGACCCAAGAUGGCUGCAUGUCUCAGCAUCGACGUCACAAUCUAAACACGUCAUCUCGCUUCCUGAGUUCCCUGACGUCACACAGCUCACCCUCCCCGAGUGUAUCGAGGUCAAGAAGGUGACGUCGUUUCUCAUCAUGUACCACGCCCACUGUCAACGUCUGCUAGACAACAUCGUCAGGGGAAACUUUGAGCAGGUCCACAGCCUUCUGCUUCACUUCUGGCAAGGCAUGCCAGGUCACGUGGUGGCCAUUCUAGGACAUGACGUCAUCGUUAAGCUGAUUGGUGUCUGUGACGUCAUCUUGUACAGGACGCUGUCCGACGUGUUUCUGCCGUCCGUCAUGCCGUCCGUCAUGCAGACUUUGUCGAACGGGUUGACCCAGGCGAUCCGCAGGUUCACGAGACAGCUGGAGGCGUGGCUGAGGUCAGUGACCUCUGGUCUACCUGCUGGUCUACAGGCUGUCAAGUUAGAGCUAGCCAGAGCGUUCUGUCAGAUUUUGAAGCGUCAGACGUCACUGAACCAUCUGAUCCAGGCGUCACGUGGCGUCAUCGACUCCUCUGACGCAGCGAGUCAGCUGCUCUCUGAUUGGAUGAAGGUGGAUCACGUGAGCAUCUUGAAGCAGACGUUGUACACGGUGGAGCGAUCCACCGAGAUGGACCACACGCUCCUCCACCAGAUGUGUAACGAGUUUGAAAAGCUGUUGGAACAACACGCCCCUAUUGAGACCUACAUGUGUUGGCUGGAUCACGUGGUACAGACUUGCGUUGUUAAGGUAAGUGUGCCCACCCCCGGGCCGCUACACCGUGUCUGCAGACAGUUCCUGCUGGUGUGGUCCUGCUUCGGCUCGCGGGUCCUGAGGGACAUGACGCUACAAGGUGCACCGAGUUUUGGAUCCUUCCACCUGCUCCACCUAACAUUUAACGACUACAUCCACUACCGCAUUGAACUGCUCCACCUGACAGAAAAAUCAAACGAGUUUCUGCGUGCUAUUCAAGGGGAGGUAACUCAAGACUUUGACAGCGAGUACUGCAGUAGCGAGGACGAUUCGCUUGACCAGUCACGUGAUGGGUUUUUCUCUGACGUCACAGACUAUGGCGCCACAGGGACCUGUCUGCCGGAGUCUAGUCACGUGGGGUAG